GCCGCAGUCAGGGCUAAAAACCUUAAAUAAACCAGGAUUAUUGAAUGAUAAAGAGGAAACCCGGUGGACGUUGGUAACAAGAAACAUGAAUACAUCCGUUUAUGUAAUUUGAUCAACGUAAAGGAAGGAAUAUAAGUUUCUGAUCUUGUUGACGUCUAGAUCAGAUUUCCCGUCAUUGAGUUUCCGUUCCGAAACCAGCGAUGGACGAGGACGGGCUGCCGAUAGUGGGGUCGGGAGUGGACCUCACCAAGGUCCCCGCCAUCCAGCAGCGGCGAGUGGUGGCGCACCUCAACCAGUUUGUCGUCCACACGGUGCGGUUCCUCAACCGCUUCUCCACAGUGUGUGAGGAGAAACUCUCCAACAACUCUCUACGGAUACAGCAGAUUGAAACAACCCUCAGCAUUCUUGAGGCCAAGCUCUCCUCCAUCCCCGGGUUGGAUGAUGUCACCAUCGACUCAAUCAGCCAGCGACCGGCCGCCGCCGCCGCCGAGACGAACGGACUGACAGCCAAUCAGAACCUGCAGCCCGGUGUCCCGGCCGCAGUGACGUCACUGCCACCACCGCAGGUGAGCGGGCCCGUCGCUGCCCCAGGAACGAAGCCUGACCCGGUGGCGGACAAUGUGGUGACGGUGGCCAGAGACCCCCGCUACGCCCGCUACCUAAAGAUGGUCCAAGUGGGGGUCCCGGUCAUGGCCAUCAAAGCCAAGAUGGUCCUGGAGGGUCUUGAGCCCGGCCUGCUGGACACGCCAGACGCCCCAGUGCCUGACGCAGGGCGGGGCCCCAGCGGGGGUCCGGGGGGUGACCGGGACGAGGAGGACGACGACGACAGCGGCGGCAGCGAGUCUUCCUUCAGCGACUGACUCCCCCCGCUGCUCCUCUGUGGGGAACCCCCGCAGAAACCACGUAGCGGGACAGGAAGUGACAUCAGCGCCUGAGAGGAAGUCCCGAGGCACAUGGUCCGACAGCGAUGGCCUCUGGUCUGAUCGCCGUGGAAGCACAGUAGCUGCUGGAGGACACCAAACGGCGACGGCGUCUGUUGCAGGUCGUUUAGCCAGUCCGAGCCGCUGCUGCUGCAUACAUGUCUGACCACGGUUUGUUUUGUACUGGUGGUCAUUUUAUAAUAUCAAUGCCUUUUUAAAAUGAACUGUCCUCUAGCCACUUGCUUAUAGCAGGAGUCGCUGAUGCUUCAGUGAGUCCCUUCAUGUCAGCUCUCAUAAAUCGUCCUCCAUGUCGUGGGAAGAUGGUUUCAGAGGGUUGGUCUGUCUGGACCGAGGACACAGGACCUCCUCAGCUGAAUGUGAAACAUUUCCAGUGUGUGUAAAUAACUGGAGCCAUUUAUGUGUACAAAUAUUAACAUUCAUAAUGUGCGUAAUAAACUCUUGCAUAAUUCAUAGGACAGUCCUUUAUUAUUUCUCAAGCAUUUAUAAAAAAGAUUUUACACGUCGAACAAUACAGAAGAAUACAGCAUGAUUUCAUCAUCUGGUAUAAUAUGAAAGAAUCAAAUCUUUAUCAAUAUGAAACUGACAUUUACGAUAUAAUCUCCCUCUCUCUCUCUCCAUGGUAUACAUAAUAUACAAUACUACGACCAGACAUACAGACUGAUGUUUCUAAACAUCACAGUACAUCAGACUGCGGCCGUUUGGGGGCCGCAGUAGUUGUGUAGUUGUGUAAUUAUGUCAGUGUUUCCCCUACCAUUGUUCAGGCCUGGCGGGCCGCCAGGCCAACAACGCCCCCGCCAGGCCAACAACCGGCCAAAAAAAAAAGAAAAAGAGAAGAAAAAAAAAAAAUGAAAAAAAAAAAAAAUAAUCAUGCGGCAGCAUUAAGUUAUAUCAUCAUUAGCAUGGCACCACCAAAAAAACUUAAAAGGGAUGAAGGACAAAAAGGUAUUUCAAGGUUCUUCCUAAACACGGUGCCAAACGAGAGUACAUUUAUUCUCCGGCAGAAGAACUAUACCACGAACCAUCGCGUAAAUGCGACGUCUGAUUGGUUCAGCCCGCCGUUACCAUGGACAUUUUUACCGCCCCCGCAAAACACUAGCCUCGUUCUUUAUAUGUCCAUAACUUAACCAACUUGUGAUGGCUAAGCAAGUGUUUUAUAUGGAAAUAACCAACAAAUACUCUGGCAUCUCGUGAAAAAUGUAUAGCAAAUCACACUAUCAGCUCUUACCACCGGGCCUAAAAAAAAUUCUAGGGGAAACACUGUAUGUUAUAUCCCUCUCCCCCCCUCCCCCCCAAGGGGGGGGGGGGGGGAGAGGGA